AUGAAACGAGGACAGAGCAUUGUUGAGCCCGGCUCCAGCAGCGAGGGCGGCGCCAGCACAGUUAAGAGAGGACCAUCUCAUCACCACGUGCUCGAAGAAGAAGACGCUGCCUCGUCCGGCUCGGAUAGUUCUAGCAGCUCCGGCAGCUCCAGCAGCUCGCCGUCAGAGGCAGAAGAAGAGGACGCGGAGGAGGAAGAGAUCGGUCUUCGCUCGACUCAGGUCAUCCACGAGAAGAACUCCCGGAGACAGGAGAAUGUGGCGGCAGAGCAUGGGAUCAUAGAGCGCGUCGACUGCUACAAUUUCAUGUGCCAUGAGCACUUCUCGGUCGAGCUGGGCCCGUUGAUCAACUUCAUCGUGGGCAAAAACGGGAGCGGGAAGAGCGCCAUCUUGACCGCACUCACACUCUGUCUGGGAGGAAAAGCGUCUGCUACAAACCGUGGCCAGAGCCUUAAAAGCUUCGUCAAAGAGGGCAAGGAAGGAGACGGUGCCUAUCUACCAGAUACGUAUGGAGAGUCAAUAAUCGUCGAACGUCACUUCACACGCUCUGGCUCAAGCGGUUUUCGUUUGAAAAGUAAGUCGGGGACCAUUAUCUCAACAAGGAGAGCGGAUCUAGAUUAUAUCACGGACUACUUUGCGCUGCAGAUGGACAACCCUAUGAACGUGCUCUCUCAGGACAUGGCCCGGCAGUUUCUGAGUACCUCAAGUCCUGCUGAAAAGUAUAAGUUUUUCAUGAAGGGGGUGCAGCUAGAACAAUUAGACCACGACUACCACAUGAUGGAGGAAUCCAUAGACCAGCUUCAAGUCAAACUCCACGACCAUCAGGAACAGUUAAAGGUCCUGGAAUCUAACAGGAACAACGCAAGGGCACGACUGGCACAGUCUGACAGGCAUGAGAGUCUAAGAGCCCGGAUUCGACACUUACGAUCACAGACAGCCUGGAUACAGGUAGAGGAACAAGAACGGCCACAGAUUCGUGAUUCUCUCGUUGCCGAAAUAGCAGAAACAAGAGCACGUAUUGAGCAGCUAGAAUCCGAAGCUGAAAAUCGUGAUGCAGAAUUCCAGGCAGCUGAUCAAGAAGUCAACGAGGCAAGAGAGGCCGUUCGUGUAGCUAAGGAAGCCCAAGCUGCUAUUGAUGAUAGUAAAGCGGAAAUCAAGCAACGGUAUGAUGAAGCCGUUAAAGAGCGGACAGGUCUCCAGAGGAAGGCCCAACAAGCGAUGAUCAGGGAGCAUAUAAUGGACAAUAAAAGGACAAUUGCCGAUACUGAAAAGCAAAUCGAGGAGGAAAACGCGAGGCUUGAGGCAUUGAAUGGCGGUGCUACAGCAGCAAAACUCAAGGAACUUGAAGAAACGAGGGCUGCUGCGUUGACCGCUAAAGAAAAAUACAAUGAGCAUAAACAAGGUGCCGAAGAUUUACAGAAAGCCGUCUCUGAAGCAGACGAAGCUGCCAGCAAGAAAAGAGGGCCGAUAGGGAUGAAGAAGACCGAGAUCACUGAUGCGGAAAACCAGCUACGAACAUUGAUGAGAGAUAGUAGAGACCAACAGGACGGGUUUAAUGAGAGAAUGCCCUUGCUUCUGCGGGCGAUUGCCGCUGAACAGGGAUUUGACCAAGCACCAGUUGGGCCUCUGGGCCAACAUGUACGCCUUUUGCAGCCCAAAUGGUCUUCCAUCCUGGAGAAUGCAUUCGGCACAACACUCACGAGUUUUGUGGUUACUUCAAAACGAGAUAUGAAUGUCUUGUCUGGAAUAAUGCAACGGGUAAAUUGCGUCUGUCCAAUAUUUAUUGGGAAUUCACAAGGAAGGAUUGAUACCACGAACCAUGAACCUGAUUCUAAGUUCGAUACCGCACUGAGAGUACUAGAGAUUGAUAAUGAUAUGGUUCGCCGUCAAUUGGUGAUCAAUCACGGCAUUGAGCAGAUGCUACUGAUUGAAAAUGUUGAAGAGGCAUCAAAAAUUAUGUUUGAUGGCGCAAGGCCAAGAAAUGUCAGACGAUGCUACUGUAUAGAUUCUAGGGACAGAAGGCGAGGUAUCCAUCUUGCCUUUAAUCGAACCGGAGACCCAAGCCAGUCUCCUAUUCCUGCAUUUACUGGAAGACCUCGAAUGAAAACGGAUAUCGAUAUCCAGAUAAGACUGCAGCGAGAAGUCAUUGAUACCCUCAAACGUGACCUUGGACGGCUUGAACAAGAAUACCGUGCUGCGGUCCAGCAUCUUCAGCGACAAAAACAGUUGCUCUCUAUUCAUAAAAACCAAGAGCAUGAAUUAUCCGUCGAGAGUCAGAGGGCUGAAGAUAGGGUAGAUGAUCUUAAAGAGGCAAUUGACAAGGACAGAAACCAGGAUGGACGGCUCGAGGCCCUAACUUCGGCCUUGAGAGAAGCUGAGGAAGAACUGAAGCUACACGAACGUUCAUUUGAAGAUUGCGUCAACGCAAGGGACGUAGCAACAACCAAGGUAAAGGAGAUAAAGAGGGAAUUAGCUGCCAAAGACACCGAAAUAUCUCGUGUUUCUGAGGAUACCCGUAAAGCAGAGAACGAGCUGUCAGUCAAGGCAAAUAAGAGACAUACGGCGCUCGUUGGCAAAAAUGAUGCAAUCGCCAAAACAGACACUGCUAAAGCACAGGUUACUCAGAUUGAGCGAAAGCAGGAAGAUACUGCCACUCGAAUUGCUGACUUCAUUCAAAAGGCUAGCAUGGUUUCUCCCAGGGUCCCGAUUGAUGCAGGGGAAACGGAGACCAGCCUUGCAGAGAAGCUGGAGAGGCUGGAUAGAGACCUCAGAAGAUAUGAUUCACAGAUGGGGGCGUCAAGGGAGGAAAUUGCCGCCGCCGCGGCGGAAGCAGAUGCAAAAUAUGAGCGGUCACAGAACGAGAUCGUCGGUUUUAGAACACUGGCACAGAUGCUCAAAAACUCUCUGGUUCACCGGCAAGAAAGAUGGCAGAAGUUCCGAGCUCAUAUUACGUCACGAGCGAAGAUCCAGUUCAUCUACCUUCUCAGUGAGCGAGGCUUUAGAGGAAGACUGCUUGCAAAUCACAAGAAGAAACUAUUAGAUGUUCAGGUUGAGCCAGACAGCACCAAGGAUAGCAUCAGUCGAGGAGCGAAGACUCUGUCGGGAGGAGAAAAGUCGUUCUCGCAGAUAUGCCUUUUACUAGCCCUAUGGGAAGCUAUGGGUUCCCCUAUCCGUUGCCUGGACGAAUUGUAA